ACUGGCCCAAUGCAGGAUGAGCAGAUAGAGCCAAAUUUGGGGGAAAGUGGAAAGAGCUGGGAAAGCCGGAAAAGCUUGGAAGUGGCACUGGGUCUCCUUGAUAGGCUCCAUUCAAGGAUGGACGUAUCUCGAUGUUGGCGGGGGCAGCUGUGCGAUAUCCGGAGCUUGUCUGCCAGUGGUAUGCUGCCGGCAGGAAGUGAAAACAUUCCCAAAACGCUCAACAAGUGCGCCCCGUUCUUUGGAGGAGUCCAAGGAGUUGCGCGCUCAAGAUUGUUGGGCCAGGCCUGCAGUGGAGCCUUGAUAAACACUUUCUGCCCGCCUUUUCAUCCGCGACCCACUGUAGUAGCAAAGCUGCGUCUCUCUUCUUUAGCGCGGGCUGAAGUCAAGGAUCUUUCAGCCAGCAGCGCCUUUAGUACCACCACCCUCACAUCGGCCACACUUCCUGAACAGCUUGCCGGGGCCACCGCUUCUACAGGAAAUGGACAAACUCUCUCUUGUAGUCUUCAGAAAAGCUCUCCACAGGUCGCCGCUGCAACCCCCACAAGUCGUGCUGAUGUCGAUGUCAUUUACACGCCGGAACCAUCCACUUCUGGACGAGACGACAGCCCCGGUUCGGACGGCACCCGCUGGCUGCAGGAGCGUGCGGAGCUGCUGAAGUGCGCGGAGGGGGGGGAGAAGUUGAGGGUGGCUGUGCUGCUGUCAGGGGGGGUGGACAGCAGCGUGGCGCUGCGGUUGCUGAAAGCGGUGGGGCAUCAGUGCACGGCAUUCUACCUCAAGAUCUGGUUUCAGGAAGACUUCCGCAACUUCUGGGCCGAAUGCCCCUGGGAAGAAGACCUCGGAUACGCCGAGGCAGUGUGCCGCCAGGCAGGCGUCGAGCUUCGCGUUGUUCACUUGACGAACGAAUACUGGUCACGGGUGGUCUCGCACUGCGUGUCCGAAAUCCAGGCGGGCCGGACGCCAAAUCCGGACAUGCUUUGCAACUCGAGGGUCAAGUUUGGGGCGUUCUACGACUCCAUAGAUUUCAGGGAGUUUGACCGGGUGGCCUCGGGCCACUACGCGCGUGUGGAAAGAGGGGAGGGGGAGGUGAAGUUGGCGCUUUGUGCUGACGAGUGGAAGGACCAGACGUACUUCCUCUCGCACCUCAGCCAGGCCCAGCUGCGGAGGGCCCUGUUUCCGCUGGGGAACCUGCCCAAGGCUGAGGUCCGCCAGGUCGCCGAAGCCCUCGAGCUGCCCAACAGGGCCCGCAAGGACAGCCAGGGGAUCUGCUUUUUAGGAAAGGUGAAAUUCAGCGAGUUCAUUGCACAGCACUUGGGCGAGCGGCACGGGUGGCUGUUGGAGGCGGAGUCCGGGGACAAGCUCGGGACGCACCGCGGCUUCUGGUUCUACACCAUCGGCCAGCGGCAAGGCAUCCACCUGUCGGGAGGGCCCUGGUACGUCGUGUCAAAGGACCCGAUUACGAACGUUGUCUUCGUCUCAAGGCACUACUACUCCGAGGACAAGGCGAGGCGAAGCUUCCGCGCAGGGGGUUUCAGUUGGGUGGGAGGGCUACCCCGCGCUGACCUCGACCAGCGAGAGCUGCUGUGUAAGGUUCGGCACGGGCCCCGCUUUCAUCGGUGCACUUUGCGGUGGGAAGAUGCAGAAAAUCCGGGGACGUCAGGGACAGGUGUCAACGCUGGAGCGGACGAACCGGCACAGAUAGGAGCUGUGCGGGACCGAGUGCUUAUAACGCUGGCGGAGGACGAUCAGGGGCUGGCCGCGGGUCAGUACGUGGCGAUGUACGCAGAUGGGUAUUGCGCGGGCUCGGGAGUGAUUCUGGAGGCGAUUGAUGAAGGGGGUUCGGAUCACGUUUCGCCGGAGGCGAGGCAUGCGGCUCUCACGGCGGGCGAGGUUGAUCUGAAAGCGUUUGCUAAGUACCAGGCGGGAGCGAAGGGUCGGAAGAACAGGAAGGGGUUGGAGAGUAGUCCAAAGGGUGGAGAUUUGGAUUCGUUGGUUGGGUUGAAGCAAUUGCAAACAGCCAAGGGGAGUGACCAGCUCCUCUUGCGAUCUUGAGUUCCUAAACGCGCUGCUGGCUCACGAUUAUAUCCAUGCCUUGCAUUUGACUGUAAG